AUGAUGGUGUCGGGCCCAAUCACGCCUGGACAGGUUUCGUUCUUGCUCGGAUUUAUCCCAGUUUCUGUUGCAUGGAUAUAUUCUGAGUUCCUAGAGUAUAAGAAAACUUCUUCCCCUCCCAAAGUUCAUUCCGACAAUAAUCUGCUUGACUUGGAAAAGGAGACAAUCAAGGAAGAUGAUCGGGCUGUCUUGCUGGAGGGAGGCCUUCCUAGAUCAACAUCUGCCAAAUUUCAUACUUCGGCCAUUAAAAUGAACUUAAUUAGGUUUAUGACUAUGGAUGACUCUUUCUUGCUAGAAAACAGAGCUACAUUGAGAGCAAUGUCUGAGUUUGGGGUACUUUUGCUGUACUUCUAUGUCUGUGAUCGCACAAAUAUACUGGGAGAAUCUACAAAGAACUACAACCGUGACCUUUUUGUCUUCCUGUACAUUCUUCUCAUCAUAGUAUCAGCAAUGACUUCAUUGAGGAAACAUACUGACAAGUCAGCUUUCACUGGAAAAUCCACACUUUACCUUAACCGGCAUCAGACUGAGGAGUGGAAAGGAUGGAUGCAGGUCCUAUUCUUGAUGUACCAUUAUUUUGCUGCAACAGAGAUAUACAAUGCGAUACGUGUCUUUAUUGCUGCAUAUGUUUGGAUGACGGGAUUUGGCAACUUUUCUUAUUAUUACAUUAGAAAAGAUUUUAGCUUAGCUCGCUUUACUCAGAUGAUGUGGCGGCUCAAUUUCUUUGUGGCAUUUUGCUGUAUUGUCCUUGGCAAUGACUACAUGCUCUAUUAUAUUUGCCCAAUGCACACGCUAUUCACUUUAAUGGUCUAUGGAGCCCUUGGUAUUUUUAACAAGUAUAAUGACAAUAGCUCAGUGAUGGCUGUGAAGAUUCUUUCAUGCUUUCUUGUGGUUAUCUUGAUUUGGGAAAUACCUGGAGUUUUUUAUGUCAUCUGGAAUCCGUUAACUUUCCUAUUAGGCUAUACUGAUCCUGGAAAGCCAGACCUCCCUAGGCUGCAUGAGUGGCACUUCAGAUCUGGACUUGAUCGCUAUAUAUGGAUCAUUGGAAUGAUAUAUGCUUAUUUUCACCCCACUAUUGAGAAGUGGAUGGAGAAAUUGGAGGAAUCUGAAACCAAGAAGAAACUGUCAAUCAAAACAGGCAUAGUAGCUGUUUCAGUAUCUGUUGGUUAUUUUUGGUAUGAAUGCAUUUACAAGCUGGACAAAGUUUCUUACAACAAGUAUCACCCCUACACAUCAUGGAUCCCCAUUACAGUUUACAUUUGCUUGCGCAAUUGCACUCAGCAGCUCCGGAGUUUCUCUCUGACUCUCUUUGCUUGGCUUGGCAAGAUAACGUUGGAGACCUAUAUUUCGCAGUUCCACAUCUGGUUGAGAUCAGACAUACCCAAUGGACAGCCUAAGUGGCUCCUUUCUUUUAUUCCAGAAUAUCCAUUACUAAAUUUCAUGCUUACAACAGCCAUCUAUGUCCUAGUAUCUCAUCGACUUUUUGAAUUGACCAAUACACUAAAGACAGUUUUCAUACCCACAAAAGACAAUAGGCGGCUGUUUUACAAUGUUGUUGCAGGGGCUGCUGUGUCUCUGUGUUUGUACUGUGUUGCAGUCAUUCUUCUUCACAUCCCUCAUUCACCAGUAAGCCCCUCACUUGCGCUUGAGAAUAAUCUGGUAGCUUGUGAUGAUUUAGAAUCAUGUAGCCAACUAUACAAGAUGCAUGAUGGUUGA